AUGUUAUCUGUUUCAAUAACAUACAUGUUACUUUUACAAAUUCGUUCAACAAGAGAUAUGAUUUCUGAGUCAUUAGAAUGUCAAUUAUUUCGACUUAAAAACCAAAAUAAUGCCAAAAAACCAUUAUGGACAUCAGUUGUACCAUUAAUGUCUUGGACAGAAUUAAUCAAAGAAAGAUGGAAUAAUAGUCUUCGAUUUACGUCUUUAUGGAUACAAAAUAUUGACGUUAUAAAAAAUACUAAUAAUCUUUGGAGCAAAAUAUACGGAAUUUCUUCAACACUUGAAAAGACUCAAUUAGAAGUUGACGCUAUGUCUUCAAAAAAUGACUGGAAUUCGUCUUAUACUGAAAGAGAAAUACAUAAUUUAUCUCUUUUAAGAUCAUAUCAAGAUACUACGUCAAUUUCAUCUGAUACAAGUGGAUCUUUACCUAGUACACCAAAAGAAGAGUUAUCAAUUGUAACAACAUGCAAAUGGAAUGGAUGUUAUAAAGACCAAGGAAGUUUUGAUAAUCUUAUAAAACAUUUAUAUAAUAUUCACAUAGGAAAUAUAAAAUCCAUAUAUAUAUGUGAAUGGGAUAAUUGUCCUCUAAAAGGAAUAACGCAUAUGUCUCGUUCAUCUUUUAUUAUUCAUCUUAAAUUUCAUAUAGAAGAAAAAUCUUUUUCUUGUACAAUACCAGAAUGCGGUAAGUCAUUUAUUCAUUUAAAUAGUCUUAAAAAACAUAUGAAAAUUAUACAUAACUUGAAUUUUUUAUGUUCAUCUACUUUUAAUUCAUAUAUUCAAAAUCCUUAUUUACAAAAUCAACUUAUAACGAAUAAGAAUAUUGAGAAUUUUUAUUUAAAGAAUGAAGACACGCAUUUUGAUGAUAAGGAAUUUGUUCAGAAUAAUCAUGAUAAAUUAAUUGAAUGGUCAGAAGACGAAGUUGCAAUGUCUUUUUAUGAUCUUUCAAACUUUUUAAAACGAAAAUUACUUUGGAUAAAGGAAGAAAAUCAAAAAUUAAAAAAACGAUUACAUAGAGCUCAAAAUAAAUGUAAAAAAUACUAUAUUCAAAAAGAAAGUGUUUUUGAAAAAUUACUUAUUAAAUCAUUAGGAAAAGAUAAAGCACUAGCUAUAAUUAGAUAA